UUGAUCCAAAACAUACCCAAUCCCUCCCAAAAUCAAGAUUUGACCUUUAUCUCCAAAAGAUUCGAAAAGUGAGAAUUCCACAGUAACAGUCUGAUCAAAGCAGGUCACGGACUUGAUUCUGGAAUCUACGACAGUGGAGGAUCACUAUCAUGGCGAAGAUGUGGGGGAUAUUUAGGGAGUAUGGACCACCAGGCGAAAUUCCAGAAAACUUGUAUACAAUGGAGAUUUUUCAUGGUGGUUAUUUUGACAAGAAGUUGGAUGGCACAUGGAAGUACAAGGUUCCCAAGUUUAACAAGUUGGGGGGGAAGAUAUACCUUGAUGGUCUAGAUCCUGAUUUGAUCUCAUGGGUGGAGAUGAAUAAUAUUGCUCAUGCAUUGGGGUACAGGGAGAAGCCAAUCUCUUACCACUUCAAGAUACCUCGAACACCACCCAAUGAAGGAUUCAUACAGAUCAAGAGUGAUGGAGAUGCCAUAGAGAUGGUGAAGAUGAUACCAUUGAAGAAGAGGCAGAUAACUGUGUACAUUACAGGUGGGGGUCCUAGGAAAAAAGAAGAAGCAUAUGCUGAGUUUGCAUUGCCACCCGAUGAAGAUUUUGUCAAUCCUUUGAACAAUCAGACUUUAAGAGAGAAGGAAAGGGCUUUUUUUGAAGCAAACUUGAUGGCUAGCCAGUUAUAUAGUGAACGAUAUGGAGUAAAUGCAGUUGGCUAUUUCAGCCGCAUCACUAGAGUAAAUGCAGAAGUAGAGGCAGAAAUUAUUGAUCUUGCAAAUGAUAGUGGUUCUGCUGGCAAUAUUGUGGGUGAGGAUAGGAGUGGAGUAAAUGUGGAAGGUGGACCAAGUCAGUCCACUUUUGCUGGUUUAUCUGAUAUUGUACCAGACAUCAUGGGUUCACAAGCAUGUGUCGGCCAAGGUGAGGUGGGGCAGGGUGGUAAUACAGCAACAAGACAUGGGCAUAUGGGUAACUUGCAGCCCCCUAAAGCUAAACCUAGAAGGGUGAAACACACUGCUAAAAGAUUGUGGCCUACAUCUGCCAGGAAUGCUUUGAACAAAAAACUAGAGGAUAUAGAGAAGAGGGCUAGAGAGGACGGUGAGAAAAGGGAAAGAGAGGAGUUUGAGAGAGCUGAGAGAGAGGCUGCCGAAUUCAGAGAGAGUCAAGCUUCUGCUGCAGUUAGUGUUGAAGAAGUUGAGCAAAGGGAAAGAGAAAAAGCAGAAAAAAAAGAAAGGGAGGCUGCUGAGCAGAAGGCAAGGGAAGAAGCAAAGCUAAGAGAAAGGGAGGCUUCUGAGAAGAGAGCAACAGAUGCAUUGGCUGUGAGGCAACAGUUGGCUGCUGAAUUAGAGAAGAGGCAAGCAGAGAAGCAAAAAUCUAAGGCUGUUGGGAAGCAAACAUCUAAGGCUGUUGGGAAGCAAACAUCUAAGGCUGCACAAAACAAGGGGAAGGAGCCCAUUCAUCAUAAGGCUAAGUUAAACAGAAAGGGGAAGAAGCCUAGAGAGCCAAGAUAUAACACAAGGCAUAAAGGGCAGAAGAAGUUUGAAGCACAAGUUGAGGAGGAUGAGGAUAGCAGUGAUGGGUCUGACUUCUAUGUUGAUUCAGACUAUGAUAUUGAGAAUGAUGAGUGUGAUGAUGUUCAAUUUGAAGAAAAUGUCACAGAGCCGAGAGUUGUACCAGAGUAUGAAGAGAUGGGUUUCACUGGCUACUGUUCUGAAGAAGCUGUAGAUUCAGAUGACUUGCAGAGCUUGAGUGGGAGUGAAUCAGAAGAGGAUGAAGAUGGGAAUCCAAUUCCUAAGAGGAGGAAGAAGGGGUUGAGGGUUAGACCUUGGAUUAGGUCAGUAGAUCUGAAAAAUCCAAAGUUCAGGUUAGGUCUUGCAUUUCCAAAUUCUGCACAAUUAAAGGAAGCUGUUAGGGAGUGUGCCAUUAGAAACCAACUUGGGUUGUGGUUUGAGAAAAAUUCCAAGAAGAAGAUAGAGGUCAACUGUCAAUGGGACUGUCCUUUUAGGUUGUAUGCUAGCACUUCCAAGGGUGAGGGUGAUACACUCAUAAUCAAGACACUGAACAAGAAGCAUACCUGCUCUCCAGUUGAAACAAGUCAUUUCUUGACUUACAGAAGAAUAGCUCAAGAGGUUGCUGAGGAUCUUAUGGUUGAUGAGAAUUGGUCCAGGAAAGGGAUCCACAAUCAUAUUGAAAAGAAGUACAAGUUAGACGUUGGUGUGCAGACAAUCACAAGAGCAAAAAGGGCAGCAAAGAGGAUGAAUGAAGGACACUAUAUUGAUCAAUACAACAUGUUAGCUGCAUACAGGAAGGAAUUGCUUAGGAGCAAUCCUGGAUCCACAAUUGACAUAAAGACACAAAUGGAUGGUCCUGUAAGGAGGUUCCACAGGAUGUACAUCUGUUUUGCAGCAUGCAAGGAGGGCUGGAUGAGGGGUUGCAGGCCUAUUGUUUGUUUGGAUGGUUGUCAUGUCAAAGGGCAGCAUCCUGGACAGCUUCUAACUGCAGUUGGUAUAGAUGCAAAUAAUGGGAUGUUCCCAGUUGCAUAUGCCUUGUGUGAGGUUGAGAACCAAGAGACAUGGACCUGGUUCCUUGACUAUCUGAAAUGUGAUUUAAGAAUGGAAAGGGAUAGUAGCUAUGUGUUUAUGACAGAUAAACAAAAGGGGCUGGGAAAUGCAAUUGCUAAUUUGUUCCCCAAUGCUGAGCAUAGGCACUGUGUUAGGCAUCUCUACAAUAAUUUCAAGUCAAAACAUCCAGGAGAAGGCCUCAAGCAGUUGGUUUGGAAUGCAGCUCGUUCUAGUACUCAAGUUUGGUAUAACAAACACAUGGAUGCCUUGAGGGAGCUAGAUGAGGAUGCCUGGCUGUGGUUUCAAGACAAGAGUCCAGCACAAUGGUCAAGGGCCUUUUUCACAGAUGAAUCUAAGUGUGACAUUUUGCUGAACAAUAUGUGUGAGUCUUUUAAUUCAGCUAUUCUACCUGCUAGGGAUAAGCCUAUAUUGACUAUGUUGGAGAAGAUUAGGAUGGACAUGAUGGUUAGGAAUGCAAAUAGAAGGGUGGCGUGUGAGAAGUGGAAGGACUUGGUUGGUCCUAGGAUAAAGAAGAUAAUUGAUAAGAUAGGGCAGAGAGCUACACAAUACCGAGCACAUAGAAGUGGGGAGUUUAUUUUUCAAAUAAUUGGAACUGGUGAGGGAGGCAGCAAGCAUGCUGUGGAUUUGGGACUCCACACUUGCACAUGCAAGAGGUGGCAGCUUAGUGGGAUCCCUUGUGUGCAUGCAAUUUGUGCAAUUAGAUUCAAGAAACAGGAAGCAGCCUUGUAUUGUGAUGAUUACCUCAUGCCUAGCUCAUAUAUGGAGGCCUAUAACCCCAUCAUCUAUCCCAUUGCAGGGGAGGAUGAUUGGGAACUUGUUGACUAUCCCAUUGCACCUCCACCUUACAAGCAGCAAGCUGGAAGACCUAAGAUGAAGAGGCAUAAAGAACCAGGAGAGAAAGAAAAUCACCCACCACCACCUGCUCCUAAAGAAGGGAAACUCUCUAAAGCUGGGAUUAAGAUGUCCUGCAAAAUAUGUGGCCAGCAAGGACACAACAAAUUGGGUUGUCCUAUAACAAAGGCCAAAAAGGCAGCAGCAGGAGAAGGAACAUCAAGUGGAGCAACUCCAAACAAGAGGCAGAGAAAUGAGGUCAACAGAGCAGCUGCACCAAAGGGGUCUACUAACGUCAAGGACCAAGUUAUCAAGUCUAGGAAAACAUGGAAGAAAAUCAAGCAAACUGUGGAGAGUACUUCGGGUCCCAAUGUUGGUGCCUCAACAUCACAAUCAAAUCAGCAGCCUCCCACUCAAAGUAGCCAGAAUCCGGCAGCUGGGAGUGCUCAAUGGAAAGCAUCAGAGCCUAUGCAACCAAGCCAAGCUUCAUCUGAAUAUGCAGGAUUUUAAUCCAAUUUGAACUAUUGGUUUUUGUUAUUGCUUAACGCUUACAUUUUGCUAAACUAUCAGUCAACAUUAAGCACUUGUUGCUUAUGCAUUUUGCUGGACAAAUUAUGUAUGAGUCAUUUGUCAAUGGAUGAUUCAAUUCUUAUGAUCUUUUUCAUAUUAAAGUGAUUGAUUGAAUUAGCUUUUAUGUUCA